AUGUCCGUCGCGAACACAAAACAGCCCCCUGGUGUUAUUGUCCGAUUUUUUGUUGCCUGUCCGCGCAGCGGCUCUACACUACUCAUGAGGGUCUUUGCUGAAUCCCCUGAGUGUGGUGUCACCAGUCGAUUGAUGCUCAUGGACAAGCCAGGUCCCGGGGUGCAGUACGCACCAAAUCACUCAAUCUUCCAGUAUCCCGACCAGCAUCCCAUAUAUCAACAGGCGAUUGACGCCAGAAAGCGGUUUCUCGUUUCUAAAGAAGAGCUUGGAAAUGACACAACAAAGGGCGAAUGUCUCUACGAUCUGUUGCCCAGCGCCUCUGCAUACGAUAUGGCUCGGUCAAUUUUUCUGAUCCGCAAUCCCGUACGUGUGUUUGACAGCUGGAAGAGUCUGGGAUGGACAGACUUGCAGAGUCUGAUAGACUGCUAUAACAAUUUGUUCAGCAUGCUGGAUCGAUCGGCUUCGACAAACAUAUCCUGUCUGCUAUACGAGCGACUCGUCUACGACCCACAUAAGGAAGUCGGGCGGAUCUGUGCUCGAUGGGGAAUACCAUUUUCAGAUGCGAGGCUCAAGUUCACGAAGCCUUUUGGAUCAUUCCUCUUCAAGUCUGAAAGAGAGGAACUGAUCUACGUCAAAGACGGGCCAGUCGGCAUUUUCAAAACCGUGGAAUCGAAUUCGUCGAUAGUCCAAGAUGCGCCGUACCACGGCCUUCUCACGCGAGAUGAAAAGGAACAGAUUGAACGCACGUUAUGUCGCCCUUACCUUGGCUGUUGGAAAGAUAAAGAAGACCAACUCCGGGCCACUCUAUCCGAAAGGGUGUGGUUUGGCUUUGAUCUCGACGACACUCUCCACGAGUUCCGUUUAGCGUCUUCCGCGGCAACCGAUAGAUCACUAGAAGUGAUAUCGCAAAAGUAUGGGACGCCAUUGCAUGUGUUGAAGAAGGAGUAUUCCGAAAUUCUCCGAAUCAAGACUUCAAACGCAUUUGCAGAUGGGAAAACGUCCUUUGACUACAGAAGUGAGAGGUUUACUCUACUCUUUGAAUGCAUUUCGCAGACACUCGGUGCCACGUUUCUCGCACACCUCCUGGAGACAUAUGAGACCACUUAG